GGUUCAUUUAAGCUGUAUUUCAUUUGAGGCUGAGUUUUCACCAUUUUCCGGUUUUUAAAAAGAAGAGGGAGGGCAGCCAGUUGCACCUCUCACUCUGCCAAGAAGAGAUAGAAUCAGAAAGAGAAAACCGGGAACAGAGACCGAGAGGGACAACCAGUCUAGGAAGGCCUCCAAGACCACAUUAAAAGAUGGCAGAUGGUGAGGAGAUUCAACCUCUUGUGUGCGACAAUGGGACAGGAAUGGUCAAGGCUGGUUUUGCUGGAGAUGAUGCUCCAAGGGCUGUUUUCCCAAGCAUUGUAGGACGCCCACGUCACACUGGUGUGAUGGUUGGUAUGGGGCAGAAGGAUGCCUAUGUUGGUGAUGAGGCUCAAUCCAAGAGAGGUAUUUUGACUUUGAAGUACCCAAUCGAGCAUGGCAUUGUCAGCAAUUGGGAUGAUAUGGAAAAGAUAUGGCAUCAUACGUUCUACAACGAACUUCGCGUUGCUCCCGAAGAGCACCCUGUUCUCCUUACAGAAGCUCCUCUGAAUCCAAAGGCAAAUCGUGAGAAGAUGACUCAAAUCAUGUUUGAGACAUUCAACACUCCUGCCAUGUAUGUUGCCAUUCAGGCCGUUCUUUCUCUUUAUGCCAGUGGCCGUACAACUGGUAUUGUGCUGGACUCUGGUGAUGGUGUCAGCCAUACUGUUCCUAUCUAUGAAGGUUAUGCCCUUCCACAUGCCAUCCUGCGUCUUGAUCUUGCAGGGCGUGAUCUCACAGAUCACCUCAUGAAGAUACUGACUGAGCGUGGUUACUCUUUCACCACUUCUGCGGAGCGAGAAAUUGUGAGAGACGUGAAGGAAAAGCUUGCCUACAUUGCUCUUGACUAUGAACAAGAGCUAGAAACCUCCAAGACCAGCUCAGCUGUGGAGAAGAGCUAUGAGUUGCCUGAUGGUCAGGUGAUCACUAUUGGUGCGGAGCGCUUCCGUUGUCCAGAGGUCCUAUUCCAGCCAUCAAUGAUUGGCAUGGAAUCUGCUGGCAUUCAUGAAACAACAUACAAUUCCAUCAUGAAGUGUGACGUUGAUAUUAGGAAGGAUCUUUAUGGAAAUAUUGUCCUCAGUGGUGGUUCUACAAUGUUCCCAGGGAUUGCUGACAGGAUGAGCAAAGAAAUUACAGCACUCGCUCCAAGUAGCAUGAAGAUUAAGGUGGUGGCUCCACCUGAGAGGAAAUACAGUGUAUGGAUUGGAGGUUCCAUCUUGGCCUCCCUCAGCACAUUCCAGCAGAUGUGGAUAGCUAAGGCAGAGUACGACGAGUCUGGGCCAUCAAUAGUUCACAGAAAGUGCUUCUAAAUAUAGGAGUAUUUUGUUAUGCUGGAGGGUUCGCUGAGGAGAUUGACACCGGCUUAUAUACUAUCUGAAAUUUUUAUCACAUCUUUGCAGAUAUGCUACAUUUCGUUUGUAUUUGUUUCUUAUUACUUUGUUCUUUUUUUCUUUCUCUCGAGUUUUUCUUUCUCAACAAUUUGAACAAGGGACCUGGAAACAAGCUGAGCUUGCAAAGAUUAAUUUUUUCCGAUCAAUAUUUCAUUGUAGACUGUAAUUUUUUAAUGUUACUAAGAUUGGAUUGUGGAUUGAGGGCUCGUCUA